ACAAAGAGAGAGAGAGUGAGAAGGAGAGUAUGACAUUGAAGAAUUAGCCCUAGACUGUUUGUAAGAGGAUGUGUAAUGUUUGUGGUCAAUUCGUGGAUGUACUUUUGUUAUUCACUUCUGAAAAGGAGCAACAUUCUGGAAUAUAGAACAACUACCCAAGGAGAUCAGCAGGUGGAGCGGUAUGGAUGCCCACUCUCCAGAGAACCUGUACCCAUACACCGUGUCCAGACCCAUCUACUCCAACCCCACGUUUGAGGAGGACAACGAGAGGCAGGCCCGGGAGGAGAGAACCCUGAGGGAGAGACUCAGCCGCACCUGUGGCUGCUCAGGUAGGCAGGCCCUGAAGGUUGUGAAAGGAGUCUUUCCUGUCAUUGACUGGCUCUCCAGAUACCCAAUAAGAGAGUGGCUUCCCAGCGAUGUAAUCUCUGGUGUUAGCACUGGUCUGGUGUGCAGCUUACAAGGCUUGGCCUAUGCCCUGCUUGUGUCCGUGGCUCCAGUCUAUGGACUCUACUCUGCCUUCUUCCCCAUCCUCACAUACUUCCUGCUGGGCACCUCCAGACACAUCUCUGUAGGUCCGUUCCCUGUCACCUGUCUCAUGGUGGGCUCCGUCGUGUUGACCCUCGCCCCCGAUGACCACUUCCUGCUUCCUGGGAAUGGCACCGGUGUGAAUGGAACAGAGGCUGAUGGGAUUGUGGUGGACGUGGAGGCCAUGGAGGCCCAGAGGAUCAUGGUGGCGUCCUCCAUGACUGUGCUGGUCGGGCUGUUCCAGGUGGUAAUGGGGCUGCUCCAGGUGGGCUUCCUGGUCCGUUACCUGUCGGACCCCCUGGUGGGCGGCUUCACCACGGCCGCUGCCUUCCACGUCCUCAUCUCCCAGCUGAAGAUAGUCCUCUCCGUCCCCACUAACAACCACAGCGGCUGCUUCUCCAUCCUCUACACACUCAUCGACGUGUUUACCAACAUCAGACAGACCAACAGAGCUGACCUGGUGGCCGGGCUGCUCACCAUUGUCAUCGUCAUGGCCGUAAAAGAGGUCAACUCCAAAUUCCGGCACAAGAUUCCUGUCCCCAUCCCCAUCGAAGUGAUUGUGACCGUGGUUGCCGCUGGGAUCUCCUACGCCACCGAGCUGGAGUCGCGCUACGGUGCCAGCAUUGUGCACAGCAUCCCCAGGGGGUUUGCUCCAGCUCAGCCUCCCAACACAGAGCUGCUGUGGAACAUUCUGGGCUCCAGUUUCUCUACAGCGGUAGUGGGCUAUGCAGUAGCUGUCUCUGUGGCCAAGGUCUACGCUGCAAAACACGACUACACCAUCGAUGGCAAUCAGGAGCUGAUAGCGUUCGGGUUCAGUAAUGUGUUCUGUGGCUGCUUCUCCGGCUUUGUGGCAAGCACCGCACUGUCCCGCACCGCUGUACAGGAGAGCACCGGCGGCAAGAGUCAGGUGGCUGGUAUAAUCUCAGCUGUGAUGGUAAUGAUUGUGAUCCUGGCUCUCGGGAACCUCUUGGAACCCCUGCAGAAGUCAGUGCUGGCAGCCAUCGUCAUCGCCAACCUGAAGGGAAUGUUCAUGCAGGUGACAGAGGUGCCCACACUGUGGAGACAGAACAGAGCAGACUGUUUCAUCUGGCUGGCGACCUGCCUGGCUUCUGUGGUGUUGGGACUAGACGUGGGACUGCUGGCUGGCCUGGUGUUUGAGAUGGGAACUGUCGUGGUCCGGACACAGUUUCCUGCAUGCUCUACACUUGGAAACAUACCCGGCACAAACAUAUACAGGAACAUGAAAGACUACAAGAAUAUUACAGAAGUUCCCGGAAUUAAGAUUUUUAAGUGCAAUGCUCCCAUCUACUUUGCCAACAUUGACUACUUCAAAGAGCGAUUGAGAGUCACGGUGGGGUUUGACUCUGUCAGAGUGUUCAAGAAGAGGAAUAAGGCCCUCAAGAAGAUUCACAAACUCAUAAAGAAAGGGAAACUGAGGGCGACAGAGACCGGGGAGGUGGUAUCCGAGGUCUCCCUGGGUGUCGACAACAAGGGCUUUGAGAGCGAGCAGGACAGUGGGCGGGAGUCCGGACAGGUGGAGGACGGGGAUUGGCCUGUGCCAGAGGUGGAGGUCCGUGUGGAUUGGGCCUUGGAGCUACCAGUCAGGGUGUCGGUACCUAAGGUCCAGAUCCACAGCCUGGUACUGGACUUCUCAGCCGUGUCCUUCCUAGACGUGGUGGCCGUCAAGUCUCUCAGACUGGUCAUUAAAGAGUUCCUACGCAUCGGAGUCAAUGUCUACAUUGCAGGCUGUGACGAUGAAAUUGUACGGAAAAUGGAAGCCUUGUCCUUCUUCGAUGAGGAGGUGACAAGAGAUCUCCUCUUUCUCUCUGUCCACGACGCCAUCCUCUUCAUCAAACUGGAGACAGCCAAUGGGAGCAUGCAGGAUGCCAUGGUUGAGGGGCUUUCUCUAAUGCAGGAUUGCAAGGAGCCACCGCCAUUCACUGAGGAAGAGGACCUGAUUGAGACCUAUGACAACCAGCAUAGAGCAAUCCAUGGACUCUCCAACUAACACAGAAACGCAGAAGAGCUGACCCUGUAUCUGUGUUCUCUGUGAACGGAGGAUCAGCCAGUAUAAAUUAUUUUCCAUAAGGGACCACGGUCAAAUCAGGUGACACUGACGAUGGAUUUUCCCCAGACUACAGCUCAAACUCAGGGGAAGCUGCUCUUCGCCAACUGAGUAUAACUUUGGACUUUGGAGUGGACUAAGAGGGUGAUUUGAGGCAGCCGAUCAUUGAUAUCUCUCUUUAACAACAGUAAAGUGUUUUAAUUAGAUCAAUGAAUAAUAAACUGAUUUAUAUUAUUGUAA